CUGGAAUCCCUCAGCUGGUGGAAGCUGCCUGCACAGAUCAUGCCAGAAUUCAGCUGUGGGUAGAAGAGGCUGCAUUUCCUGCGGCUGUAGAUGGACACCUGGGUCUCAAAGAGCUUGCUGGCAGGUGCAGAGAGCUGCCCAGCACAGGAGGGAUCUGCUCCAAAAUCACUCCAGGGAAGACUAGGGGAGAAAAACAGGGAUAAACCCCUGUAUCAAUACUCACCCCAGGCAGUGUGCAGCUGACAUCACCCAGUCAGGGGCCACCAGGAAGCCCCCACAGUACCCAUGCUCUACGAUCUUCAGGUAGAAGCCUCACUUGUUUUGCACGAGGAGCUGUCCCCACUACCUGCACCGUGCUGGGCCUCAGAUGAGGAGCUGGAGAGCAUUGCUGAACCUCCCUGGGGCAGCAAGAGCCUCCCACAAGCCAUGGCAGUGCUGCAGGGCUGGCAGACAGGGCUCUGACUCUCCCCUCCGUUGAGCAGGGCUGGCUGCAGCCCUCAAACAGAGGAUCUGCUCUGCUCCAAGCCUCACCUGACCCUUCCUGCAUCGAGCACCCGCUGAGUGCAGACCCAGGCUCAGAAGAUGGCUGCUCCAGUGCUGAGCUGGCUGGUGAAUCGCUCCCUCCUCCUUCCCCUGGACUCUGCUCACCUGCUUACCCCCAAAGCCUCCUGCCUGCAGCUGGCUGCCACCGGGAACAUCAACAUCAUCCUGCAGCACUACAACUUCUCGGGCAAGCUCAGCAAGCGCCACUCCGCCGACGAGGGCAUGGGGCCUCUGCGCACGGCCUUCGUCGCCAUCAGCUGCCUCAUCAUCGUGGAGAACCUGCUGGUGCUGCUGGCCGUGCUGCGCUGCCUGCGGGGCCGCCGCUGGGUCUACUCCUGCAUCGCCAGCAUCACCCUCAGUGACCUCCUGGCGGGCAUCGCCUACCUCUGCAACCUCUGCCUGUCGGGCAGCAAGACCUUCCAGCUGUCCCCUCAGCUCUGGUUCCUCAGGGAGGGCAUCCUCUUCGUGGCUUUGGCCGCCUCCACCUUCAGCCUGCUGGUGACGGCGGUGGAGCGCUACAGCGCCAUGGUGAGGCCCAUCGCGGAGAGCGAGGCCAGCAAGACGCUGCGGCUGCGCGGCCUCAUCGCGGCCUGCUGGCUGCUGGCCCUCGCCAUCGGCCUGCUGCCCAUGCUGGGGUGGAACUGCCUCUGUGAUUUCCAGGCCUGCUCCGUGCUCCUGCCGCUCUACUCCAAGAAUUAUAUCCUGUUUUCUGUGGUGAUGUUCAGCGUGAUCCUCCUGGGGAUCAUCGGGCUCUACAUCUCCAUCUUCCUCCUGGUGCAGGCCAGCUCCAGGCAAAGCUGCUCGCGGAAUGGCCGCCGGCGCUCGCUGCGCUUGCUGAAGACGGUGCUGAUGAUCCUGGGGGCUUUCAUCGUGUGCUGGAGCCCUCUCUUCGUGCUGCUGCUCUUGGAUGUGUUCUGUGACACCGGGGCCUGCAACCACCUGCGCAGCCUGGACUGGACCCUGGCUCUGGCGCUGCUCAACUCGGGCAUCAACCCCGUCAUUUACUCGCUGCGCAGCGUGGAGGUUCGCCGGGCCGUGGGCAGCCUGCUGUGCUGCUGCUGUGUCAGGGCUGGGCUCUGCAGGCCUGGCAGCUGCGUGACCAUCUCAGACAUCAACUCUGGUUCCUCCACGGAGAGCUCCCUGCGCUGCCGGGACAGCUUCCGAGGCCCCACGGCCCAGAGCGCUCGGCCCAGGGCGCCUCUGUCCAGCAACUCCAGCAUGAUGAGCAAUCUGCCCAGCCUGUGAGGGGAAAAGAGGUGCCAGACAGCCCCCGGGAGCUCAUGGGGCUGCUCCUGGCCUGGCAGGGCUGUAGCGAGGCUGAGCAGUUGUGAACUGCACCACCAGACUGGUGCAGCCCAGGGACAGAGAUUGCUCCUAGAUUUGAGUGAAAGACACAGGGACAUUUCGGGAUGGAUGCUGUGCUGGGACAGCUGCAGUGCUCAGGUUUUGUAUGUGAGCUUUGGGUGUGCAGAGGUGCUGUAGCUGCCCACCUGAGGGUGUUUUGUCCCAUAGGAUGGAUUUCCCCAACCAGGUGGCCCUUCCAAGGCUUUGGAAUUCUUUUGGACCUUCUGUGAUGGGCACAGCUGGUGGGAAGGAAUGCAAGCUUGAUGUCCUUCCCAGCCUGAGGAUGGCAGAGAGCUGCAGCCACAGCCCAGACUCUCCCCAGGGUGCAGACUGGGCACUGAGCCAGGACAAAUGCUGUGACCAAGCUGCAGUGACAGGGCUGGCACUGGCACGGGCACAAGGAGGUGCCCAGAGGGACUAGGGAGCCUGGUGCCAUCCUGAGCAUGAAGACACAGCCAGUUUGUGCCUCAGAUCCCUGCUCUUCUGUUCUCCCAUGUGGGGAAUAACCAGAGCAGCACCCAAAUGCCUCCUCUCACGGUGCCAGAAGGACACAGAAGCACUGGGGACUCACAGUGCUGGCCCAGCCCCUGUGCAGGAGCUGAGCGUGCAGC